AUGCUCUCCCUCAACCUGAGUGUGAAUUGCAGCGAGGGCAGCCAGGGGCCCCUCUCUCCUCAGCAGCCGGCUCCAGGGUUCACCCUGAGCGCCAACGGGCACCUGGUCGCCGCCCUGUGCCUGGGCAGCAUCGGGCUGCUGGGUUUCACCAACAACUCGCUGGUGCUGCUGCUGUUCUGCCGCUACAAGGCACUGCGCUCUCCCGUCAACCUGCUGCUCGCCAACAUCUCGGUGAGUGAUCUGCUGGUCUCCACCCUGGGCACCCCGUUCAGCUUCGCCGCCAGCGCCCGGCAGCGCUGGCUCAUCGGGGAGCUGGGCUGCAUCUGGUACGGAUUCGCCAACACCGUCUUCGGCACUGUAUCAUUGAUAUCAUUGGCUAUACUUUCAUAUGAUCGUUAUAUUACUAUCACUGGAGCCACAGAAGCUGACAAGGCAAAUUACAAAAAAGCCUUUGCAUGGAUUUCAUUUUCUUGGAUCUACUCAUUGAUAUGGACAUUGCCCCCUCUAUUUGGAUGGAGUCACUAUGGUCCUGAGGGACCAGGAACCACAUGUUCUGUGAACUGGUAUUCAAAAGAUGCAGCCAAUGUAUCCUACAUUGUGUGUCUCUUCGUCUUCUGUCUGGUCAUCCCCUUUCUGGUGAUUAUAUUUUGUUAUGGAAAGAUACUGAUGACAAUGAGGAAGGUAAGUCUCACCAUGACUCUCAAACAACGUGCAAGAGAGCAUAAGGUUUUGCUCAUGGUGACUUUAAUGGUGGCCUGUUUCCUGCUCUGCUGGCUACCUUAUGGAGUUGUAGCACUCAUGGCUACUUUUGGACGUCCUGGUCUGGUCUCUCCAGCUGCCAGCCUUAUCCCUUCGAUCCUUGCCAAAAGCAGCACUGUCUACAACCCCAUUAUCUAUGUCUACCUAAACAAACAGUUUUACAGAUGUUUCAAAGCACUGCUGAUCUGUCAGAGUUCACCUGUUAGUACAAGCACCAAAAGUAUAUCGAAGACUACAAAGAAUAGUCGCGAUAAUCGAAGGAAGAACACCAACUUCAUGAAAGCCUCAGUUGCUCAACACACAUCUGUCAAUAAACACCCAUCAGAUAGCAUGAAAGAUAAGGGCGACAACACUUCAAGUGAAAAUUCAAAGCCGCUGGUAUCUCUAGUGGGAGUAGCUGCUAGCAAGGAUUUACAAAUGAUGCUACUCAGUGGUUUGGUGCACCAUGAAGAGAGACUGAAGACAACGAGAGAACCCAAUGAGCAGAACAGAGCAAGAGAUGUGUAUGCAGUGAACCAGUGGCACAAUCUAGUGUCCUGA